CUGGACAGACGCUCACAGCGCCCUGUGGUCCUGAGGCCCCAGAGAGGUGAGGACAGAGGACAGGCUGCAGGGAGAGCAGAUGGGGAAUCAAGGCCAAGGCAGUUGAGGAACCGGCUCACCUCAGAGUCCUUGCACCCUCACAGCCCCCUGACUGUGGUUGCACGGACCCCGCCCCGCACAUCUACUAGAGAAAGAAGCAAGAAGGAAAGCGAAAGCAAAAGCCAGCCUGGACGGACGCUCACAGCGCCUUGUGGACCUGAGGCCCCAGAGAGGUGAGGACAGAGGACAGGCUGCAGGGAGAGCAGCGUUUUCCUCCCGCAGCGUAAGACACAUCUGCCAGACGCCCCGCCACUAUGAGGAUGGAAAAGAGCCAGGAGAUCACUUCGAAGGUGGCAACGACACAGACAUCUUCAAUCUGCAAAGAAAGUCGUUUGACCCCUGGGAACACCCCCAUUUCUCCCGUGGACAAGAGGAGCUCGGAUUUGGAGCCACAGUGCCAAAAACUCGAAGCUGGUGUCAGUUUGCAAAGGGACGGCGAUGACAUUCCUCCAGGUGAAGAUGUGGAGCAACAAGAUGGAGAUCUGUCUGAUGAAGAAGGAAUAUUUUUGAAAGAGUUUCCCUUAAUCAAAGGGGAACUAGAAAUGGCCAUCAGAAAGUACCGUGCCCUCGCAGACGACAUCGACAAAACCCAGAAAAAUUUCACCCAGACCAGCCUGGUGACCAACUCGGUCGCUGUGGUCUCCGGAACCAUGAGCCUCCUGGGGUUGGCCCUCGCUCCGGUCACAGCCGGAGGAAGCCUGAUGCUUACAGCUGCUGGUCAAGGUUUGGGGGCAGUCGCUGGGGCCACCAGUGUGUUGACCAGCAUUUUGGAAUACCGUCGCAAUAAACAAGCCCGAGCUCAGGUCAGCAGCGAACUGUCUGCCCCUGACCCAAAGGUCGAGGAGGCUGUGGCCUAUGCCGUGGAGGCCGGAAAGACUGUCUAUAACUGUGGGAAAACCCUCAAGGAAAUCAGGAAGAACAUCAAGGCCUUGCAGGUCGCCAGAGCCCACCCGCGCCUGGCCGCUGCCGCCAAGCGUCUCCUGGUCACUGGGGAAGCCUCGGCCCGCACGACCAGGAGGGUGCAAAGGGCCUUUAGAGGCACACCGCUAGCGAUGGGGAGCAGCGCUUUCUUGCGGAACACCGUAUUGAAUGGCCUCUUCCUGGGCAUGGAUUUGGACAGCCUCCUGAAGGACUGGCAGCAGCUGAAGCAGGGAGCCAGGACCGAGUUGGCGGACUUGCUGAGGGCCAAGGCUAAGGAGCUGGAAAGAAAGCUGGCAGAACUCACCCAGCUCUAUGAGGAGCUGCAGGAAAAAAGCCUUAGGAGCUCAUCUUCCGAGGAAGCCACGGCGACUCUAACUCAGCCCCCAGCCAAGCAAGGGGAAGCAGGACCCCGACCCCGGGCGGCAGAAAUCGAGGGAUAGGAUCCUCCUUUGUUUGUGCACAAAAGGAUUCACUGGAACCUGCUCAACCAGAUUCCAUCAGGAAAGCGAGAGGCCCUGUCUCCCCAAGACCCCAGUUCUGGGCCUCCUUCCUGCCUUCCCUGUUCACCUACCUUAAACAUAUGCUUGUUUGGGUCGAUGUGUUAGCUGCUCUCUUGAAAGUAGUGCAUUGACAUUAAAUACAUUUUUUAAAAUUUCAGAACGUAAAAAUAUAGGGUGUGGAUGAAAGGGGCCACAUGCUGACCUGUAAGCUCAGGGGAGGCCUGCAUGGUG